UACAGAGUCACUUCUUGCGAGCAGCUGACUGUAGCUGUAACUUUAAUCAUUUCAUUUUUACCGAGGCUAGCAGCCAAACUAAAGUCAAGGUGGUAGAUUUAGCAUUCUUUCAGUCUUUCUAUAAUAAAGUGGAAUAUUAUUAUCGUCACGGCACGUCAAAUAAAUAACUUAGUGUUGGUCAGUUGUUUAAAGUUUUUAAAGGGGCUUAGCUUAUAUUAGCAUAGCAUCAGCUAACAGCUGCGUGUAUGUGUGCGCAGUUAGCCUGUAGCCGAACUACCUUGUAAAGAAUCAUCCUUCACUACAACAACUGACAGUCCGAUCCAGUCUGGUCCGAUCCGAUUCGUUACUUCCGUGGGAAGUGUGGACAAGCUGUCUGCCAAGUCAAAUGUUGAGGUUUUACUGAACGGGGGACAAUGGAACAGGACAACAACUCAGAGGAUGACUCAGUUGGCCAAGCAGAAGAUGACACACAACCUCCAUUUCCUCUUGGACUCUCGGACUCUGAGGCAGUGGAAGUGUUGUGGCAAGUGCGAACCCAGCGCCGGCAGACGGAACCAGAUCUGCCGGACACUGUAACACGUCUCACCACACCUGAUGGAAGUAUUGUGUACCUGGUUGGCACUGCCCACUUCAGCGACAGCAGCAAGAAGGAUGUUGCGACUACGAUCCGAGCGGUCCAGCCAGAUGUGGUGGUGGUGGAGCUAUGCCAGUACAGAGUAUCCAUGCUUAAGAUGGAUGAGAAAACGCUGCUAAAAGAGGCUAAAGACAUUAACUUGGAAAAGGUCCAGCAGGCCAUUAAACAGAAUGGAGUGAUGUCUGGCCUCAUGCAGAUAUUGCUGCUCAAAGUCUCGGCUCACAUUACUGAACAGCUGGGCAUGGCCCCCGGAGGAGAGUUUAGAGAAGCCUUUAAGGAGGCAGGAAAAGUGCCCUUCUGUAAAUUUCAUCUUGGGGAUCGGCCCAUUCCAGUAACCUUUAAGCGUGCAAUAGCUGCUCUCAGCCUGUGGCAGAAGGCUCGUCUGGCCUGGGGUCUGUGCUUCCUCUCUGACCCCAUCAGCAAGGAGGAUGUAGAGAAGUGUAAACAAAAGGAUCUUCUGGAGCAGACCAUGUCAGAAAUGAUCGGCGAGUUUCCAGCCCUCCACCGCACUAUUGUUGCAGAACGAGACAUCUACCUCACACACACACUUAGACAGGCAGCGCGCUGUGUGGAGGCGCCUCCUAAUGCUGAGAAAGUGCCUGCUGUGGUGGUUGGAGUGGUUGGGAUGGGUCAUGUUCCUGGUAUUGAGAGGAACUGGGACAAAGAGCUCAAUAUUCAUGAGAUCAUGAGUGUGGCUCCACCGUCUCGCUUUGGCUGGGUAGUACGCCACGUGUUGAAGGGAGCCAUGUGGGGGCUUCUGGGUUACGCCUGCUUCCGUGCCAGCAAGGGUGUGGGGAGGGCGUUACUCUCCUUACCGACAGUCCAAUCGUUGCUUGAAAAUAUACGAACGCCUUCCGUUUGACCCGGCACAGACAUUUCAGCAGUGAGAUCAGGAUGUCACACUGAGCACCAAUAGCCUUAACUACAGGAUGGUGGUUGGGUAAACAUCUUCUCAUCCCAUAUGAAAUAAACAAUGGGGUGGAAGCUUUUGACUAGCUCUCUACCUCCUCAACCCUCUGUCCAUCUGCUCUGUGGAUGCAGAGUUGUACUGCCAAAGAAAUCGGACCGUGCUUUCUUUCCCUUUUCCUCAUUCUUAAAGUAUGACCGACUAAGAAAUUAGCUGCAGCGGGACUUCCCAUGUUAUCAUUCAACUCGAACUGAAGUUUUAUUCUGUUAGUUGGCUCCUGCAAAUGGUUGAUGCAUUUUCUUUCCCAGCUGGUGGUGUUCAGAAAUCCAGUAUUGUUAUUCCCUGUAAGUCAACAUUUUAAUCAAGACCCACCGUAAUGUGUAGAUCACUAAGAGACACCUUUUUAAUAAUGGUAUUCAGUGUCCCAGAAUUAAUUUUUAAAGUCUUGCGCAAUAGGACCAUUUGUGAAGAAAAGCAUUACUCAGAUUUUAUUGAAAGGAAAUUGACUUGAUGAUAAAUACAUGCAAUGCACAUUGGGAAAAUGAUCAUGACCAAAGUAUUGUUUGAAUUUGUAUGUUUCUGACAAAAGGCUUAAAUGAGUGAAACCGAAACAACCGUGCACAGUGUUUAAGAGUUUCAAGUCACAUCCAGUAAUGUUCACUCUUAGUGGGGAAGCACGGUUGCUUGGUUUUUCUGGUCAACAUAAACUUUGCCCAUGCUAGCUAUCAAGUGCCUCCUACCACAUGACCUGGAAAGGGCUAAAAGGAACAGAGACUGGUCUAGGUGUUUUGCUCUCGCUCCAUAUGGUCAUAAUAAAUGGGUACUACUAAA